GGCCGCUACGACGUGUUCCUGUACGACAGGACGAGGAAAGCUGUUUACUGGGAGGAGGAGCCCUCGGAAGUGAGACGAUGCAUGUGGUUCUAUAAGGGAGACAAGGACAGCCGGUUUGUUCCUUACACCGAGGAUUUUAGUGAUAAGCUAGAGGCAGAAUAUAAAAGGGCUGUAACUACAAAUCAAUGGCAUCGACGACUUGAAUUCCCAAAUGGGGAGAUGUUUGUUAUGCAUAAUCCCAAGGUCAUCGUUCAGUUCCAGCCCUCUGCCUCCCCAGAUGAGUGGGGCACCAGUCAGGAUAGUCAGGCAAGACCCAGGCUGGUAAAACGUGGAAUUGAUGACCACGAUGAAAUUCCUGAUGGAGAAAUGCCCCAAAUUGACCAUUUAGUAUUUAUGGUUCACGGCAUAGGUCCGGUGUGUGACCUGAGAUUCAGAAGCAUUGUUGAAUGUGUUGAUGACUUUAGGACUGUUUCUCUGAAGUUGCUGCAGACUCACUUUAAGAAAUCUUUAGAGGAUCAAAAAGUGAGCAGGGUGGAAUUCCUGCCUGUUCACUGGCAUAGUUCUCUGCAUGGUGAUGCCACAGGUGUAGACAGGAACAUUAAGAAAAUCACUUUGCCGAGCAUUGGCCGCCUGCGCCACUUCACCAACGAGACCCUCCUCGACAUCCUCUUCUACAACAGCCCCACCUACUGCCAGACCAUCGUGGACAAAGUGGGGCUGGAGAUGAACCGCCUGCACGCGCUCUUCCUGAGCCGCAACCCCGACUUCAAGGGGGGAGUCUCUGUGGCUGGGCACAGCUUAGGAUCCUUGAUUCUAUUUGACAUCCUCUCUAACCAGAAGGACUUGGCAUCCUCAGUAAACACCGGACCUUUCUCCGGUAUCAAUGGGACUGUAAAGGAUGUAGCUGUUCCUGAUAAGCAGGUGACAGAAGACACCAGUUCUUUGGGCUCCUCCAUUGCAACUUCUGGUGAUGACCUCUGUGAGCCUGAAGUGGAUGAUGAUGUUCCUACAUUGCGGAAGACUCUGGAAAUGCUUAGUUUGUCAGAGUAUAUCAGCACGUUUGAAAAGGAGCGAAUUGAUAUGGAGUGCCUGCUGAUGUGUACAGUUGAUGACCUGAAGGAAAUGGGGAUACCUCUUGGACCAAGAAAGAAAAUAGCUAAUUUUGUAAAAGACAGAGCAGCCAAGCAGGAACAAAAGAAAGCAGCAGCAGAAAAGAAAGCAGUGCAGGUUGCUAUGCUCCAAACUCAGGAAGCUGCCCAGAAAGCAAAAGAGGCCGUUGCUGCUGUCUCCCCUUCGGAGUCUGGUCAGCUGCACUCCAAGAGGAAACUUCCAGUUGGUGCCUCUGUUUCUUCUGUGAACAUUGACUAUGAGUAUUUUGAAGUUGGGACUGGCCAGGUUUCUGUGGUUUAUAGCGCAUUAGACUUCGAACCAGAUAUUUUCUUUGCUCUGGGUUCUCCUAUUGGUGUAUUCCUCACGGUGCGAGGAAUAGAGAAGAUUGAUGAAAACUACAGGCUUCCUACCUGCAAGGGAUUCUUCAAUAUCUAUCAUCCACUUGACCCAGUAGCUUACAGGUUAGAACCGAUGAUCGUUGAAGACUUGGAUUUAAAACCAGUUCUUAUUCCACAUCAUAAAGGCAGAAAAAGACUUCAUCUGGAGUUGAAAGACUCUCUCUCUCGUAUGGGAUCUGAUCUGAAACACGGUUUCAUCAGCUCUUUGAAGAGUGCAUGGCAGACCCUUAAUGAAUUUGCACGUGCUCAUACUUCUUCAGCUCAGCUGCAAGCAGAACUGGAGAAAGUAGCUCACCAAAUAAAAGAGGAAGAAGAAAAGCAAGUAGUGGAAGCUGAAAAGAUCACUGAAAAUCCAGAGCCUCCAAAAGAUGAAGACUUGUUAGUGAAGGUUGGAAAUCUAAAUGGAGGACGUCGUAUUGACUAUGUUUUACAAGAAAAACCUAUAGAAAGCUUCAAUGAAUAUCUCUUUGCUUUACAGAGUCAUUUGUGCUACUGGGAAUCUGAAGAUACUGCCUUGCUGUUUCUCAAAGAAAUAUACAGGACUAUGAAUAUCAACCCUGAACAGCCACAGCACUGAUGUAUAGAUACAUAAAUUUGUAAGUUUGUUCUAAUGUAACUUAUGUAUUCUA